AUGCGGGCGUGGAGGAACUGGACAUUGAAGAAUAGAACAAGCAGCUUCCAAUGUGUGACAGCAAACACGUACGCUUGUCUUGAGAUAAAUGCUCACAGCCUUGUGCUGGCAGCAAGAGACUGCCGCGAUCGUGGCCGACCCGAGGAAUUCUUAGUGAGGUGUUUCGGCAGUCAGGACGUCGAGGCGACAUUCCGGAAUCUUCGAUCGAUGACGACAAUGAACCAUACUCAGACGAACCUCACUUUCAAGGAAAUCGGCGAAAAGCUGCGGCGAGCUCACAUGCUGCAUCAAAUUCAGCACCGUAACCGUAUUAAGUUUCGAUUCCCUGGUCACACGGGUCCGACCAACGUGUCCGUGCUACCGACACUGCCGACGGAUGCUGAAAUAAAAGCCGCACUAACCAGUGCUGAGGGGAGGGCAUCUGAGGUCUUGGGCAAGCUUGGCCUCUUGCAGGCUGAACAAUCUUUCGAGUUUAGUGUACAUGCCCUCGGGGACCGGAACUGGGAAGACUUGAUCGUUUCCGAUAGUGAGUCUGACACGGAGGACCAUGAAGACCAUGAACCCGGUCAGGAGGUGUAUGAAGCUAAGCAUCUGUUUUCAAACUUUUCGGGCCAGAUCGCGCUGCCUAACAGCACGUCCGAUAAGCACAUCUACCUGAUACGAGAUGACCACGGGAAGGUGUUUCACGUUAAGAAGAGUAGUGUAGUGUGGAUGCUUACUGCGUCUAAGGUUCAGGAAAAAGCUCGUAUGAUACGUUACAAACAGCCCAUGCCUAACUAGGGCAAGCUAGGUU